CUCAUUUCAUCAAUAUUUCCUUGACUUUUCAAUUAAAUCUUAAGUAGAAAACUUGCUUAACAUCAAUUUCAUCGGGCACAUUUUUCAAAUAUCAAUUGCAAGAUACACUUAAUAUUUGAAUUUAUUAUUCGUUUGGAAGAGAAAAUGGAUUAUUUAGAUGGGACUAUCGAUAGCAUGCAGAAUAGCCGUUUUGCUGCUUUAUACGCUGGCUUGGCCAAAGAGUGUUCGGUCAACACGCAUCUAACACACACCGAUGUCACUUGUCUGCUGAUUGUCUAUUACAAAUUCGUUUUGAGGAAUGGACCGACAGCCAAAAUGAUGAAAAAAAAGCAAUUCUAUCAUCUGUUUUUGGUUCUAUUCAAUAUAUCGAAUGUGAAGCUUAUAGAUCGUAUAUUGCUGGCCAUUACCACCGAUGUGAAAUAUGUGAGUGCCCAGGCAUGGAUAAAAUUGUUUACUUUAUAUACAACCAAGGAUUUGUCUACCAAAAUGCAAUUUGCUUUCGAGGUCUAUAAUACCAAGGGAACUGGCUAUAUCGAUCGCGAACAAGUUGUCAAUGCAGUGGAGCAUUUUUUCAGUGGCGACGAUGAAGAUGAAAUCAAUGAACUUAGAGCGGAUAUGUGUGAGUUUAUCAUCAGAAAAUUCGAUGUAGACAAAGAUGGACUCAUUUCAUAUGAAGAUUAUUCUGCUGUUGUAUCGGAACAGCCUUGCCUAUUGGAGUUCUUGGGCUUGAUAUUUCCAUCAGUCGAUGUUAAUGAUACGAUUGCACAUUGCAUCAAUCUAUCAACACUCUGGAAAAAUGCAUAGAUCGAAUGGAAUUAAUAAGAAAUCGAUGGAAAUCGUAUAUAUAUUUUAAAAUUUGUAAUACAUCGAUUUCUACGAAUAUAUGGCUAGCUAUUUUGAUCUAGAAA